ACGGAAGAACGUUGCAGCCUUUGUAGCCAUUUUGGCUCUGUGUUCCUUGCUACACUUGACACUUGACAUGGUGAGUGCCAUUCCCGCGGUGCUCCUGGCCUGGCGAUCAACCUAUGGCUGCGCUGAAGCUGCCGGCCUGCGCGCUGCGCCUCGGCCACUCGUGCAGGCCCCUCCGCCAACGGCCGGCGCCAUCUCUCCAGCUGGCGUGAGCGCUGACAGCGGCGUCAAGCAGAUCUUUGCGUCGCAGUUCGAUGAUCUCGUCAGCACCGCCAAGAAGCACAAGCGGGGUCGCCGGAUGGCGGACUUCACCCGGGACGCCGAAAACAAUCCUCUGCAGACGCUCCUGAACACAUGGACGGAGGGAAGCUACAGCCCGGUGCACAGGCACGACCUGUGGGCCGAGACGUUCGUAGUCUUGAAGGGCGCCUUGGCGUUCUUCACUUGGCCCAAUGGCACAAACGCCGACCCGCGUUGCGACGUGAUUCAAGAUGCUGGUGAUGUCCGCGGCAUUGUGGUAGAGGCAAAGGAAUGGCACGCCAUGACUGCAGCACCAGCGAGCUUGGGAUACCCAGGACAUGCCGUCGUAUUCGAGACAUCAGGGCACAAAUUCAACAAGAAUCUCAGCACGCACGAGCUAGCCAAUUUCGCUCCCCUUGGCGAUGGAGUGGAUGGAGAUCCCGAUUUUUUCACAAGGCACCUUCUCCCAUUCUGCAAACCAGGCAGCAGCCGGCCAUGAUGCGAGCAGCGUGGGAAGCACAGCCAACACUGAAUGUCAUUAGCCUUGGCAAGGCAAGAGAAAGAA